AUGGGAUUGAGCAAAAUGGGUUCCAUGCUAGGGCUCUUAGGGGUCUUUCUCCUGGAUGGGUUACUCCUGUCCAUGGCUUACAACGUUCAUCACUAUAGCUUUAUUCUGAAGGAGACCAAUUUCACGAGACUUUGCACCACAAAGCCAAUGCUGACUGUAAACGAGCAGUUCCCAGGUCCAACCAUUACUGUUCGCAAGGGAGACAGAGCUUUUGUUAAUGUCCACAACAACGGCAAAUAUGGUGUCACCAUUCACUGGCAUGGAGUGAAACAACCACAAAACCCAUGGUCAGAUGGUCCAGAAAACAUCACGCAAUGUCCAAUUCAGCCGGGGAAAAACUUUACCUACGAAGUCAUAUUUUCUGAUGAAGAAGGAACUCUAUGGUGGCAUGCACAUAGUGAUUGGUCGCGUGCUACCGUUCAUGGCCCUAUUGUUAUUUUACCUGAAAGAGGGAAAUCUUAUCCCUUUCCCGAACCUUAUGCUGAGAAAACCGUCGUGCUCGCUUCGUGGUUCAAUCGUGAUGUGAAGGAACUAAUCGACAACGCCACGGCAAUCGGAGGAGACGUAGAUCCGUCCGAUGCUUUCACCAUUAAUGGCUGGCCAGGAGCUUUAUAUAACUGCUCCGAAACUAUAUCCCGUCUGCCGGUUGUGUUCGGAAAGACCUAUCUGUUUCGUCUAGUCAGUGCCGUCAUGAACGAAGAGAUGUUUUUCGCAAUUGCCGGACACAACUUCACUGUAGUGGCUCAAGAUGGAUCAUACAUCAAGCCCAUACUGACCAGCUACAUAAUGAUAACUCCCGGCCAAACCAUGGAUAUUUUACUAACAGCAAACCAGCCUCCCAGCUACUACUACAUGGCUGCUAGUCCAUAUUUCGAAUCAGGAGCUCCACAUGACGAAACUACAACCACGGCCAUUCUCCAAUACACAAACGUAAUUGCUGCCCCGGCUAAUAUUUCCAUGCCAACACUUCCGAUUGAAACGGACAACAUCUCUGCAGAUAACUUCACAAGCAAGAUAAAGGCCUUGGCAAGCAAGGACCAUCCGAUUAGCGUGCCGAAAAAUGUUACGAAACAAAUCCUCAUCACAGUUUCCGUGAAUCAGCUGCCUUGUGAACUUGGCGCUGGCUUAUGUGGUGGACCUAAUGGUAAUAGGCUUUCUGCUAGCUUGAACAAUAUCAGUUUUGAUACUCCAACGACUGAUAUACUCCAAGCAUACUACAGGAGUUUACCUAAUGUCUUCGACAGUGAUUUCCCGGAUCAACCGCCACUUUACUUUAAUUUCUCAGGAGUUGAUUCGGAUACUUAUUUGUUACCACAAGUGGGAACAAAGGUGAAAUUGAUCGAGUACGGGGCAUCAGUUGAAAUUGUGUUCCAGGGGACUAAUGUUGGAAAUCCAGAAAACCAUCCAAUGCAUCUGCAUGGUUACAGCUUCUAUGUUGUCGGAUCAGCUUAUGGUAACUGGAAUCAGACCACUUCUCCGGCCACUUACAACUUGAUCGAUCCGCCAGCGGUCAACACCGUUGGAGUUCCUAGAAAUGGAUGGACUGCCAUUCGAUUUGUUGCCGAUAAUCCAGGAGUAUGGUUUAUGCAUUGUCAUUUGGAACGUCAUGCUAGUUGGGGAAUGGACGCAGUACUCAUUGUGAAGAACGGAUCCAAGAAGAAAACCAGUAUUCGCCGACCUCCUCCUAACUUGCCAAUUUGCGCUUAGUUUAGUCUUUCGAACAGUAAAUUUUUUGUUCUUUUUAUUUGUGUGUCGUAUUUUCCUCUCUUUAUGCGACCAAUAAUUGAUUAUGUAAUGUGAUUUUUUAGUCACUAUGGUAAUUGUCAAUAUUUUUUUCUUUUCGAUGUACAAUGGUUAAUAAAAUUAUUAAUUUUCUGCU